AUGGACGACAUUGCAUACAUUGCAGAGGUUGCAGUAGAGAGGCUGGUGGCAGCAGAAAAAGUGACGGCACAAACAGCCAAUGGCAGCGGAGUGAACGACAGCACAGUGGCCAGCGGCGGAGUGAACGAUUGCACAGCAGUGGGCAGCGACGCAGACGCGUUUGAGGGAUACAGUGGAGGAGGCAGGCCCCUGCAGCUCUUCACCUGGGAGGAGAUCGGGCUCCAUAUGGGCUGGGGGCACCCGCAGCAGGAGCGGUGGCUGGUGAUCGACAGGAAGGUCUAUGACAUGAGCCAGUUCUACCGGCGGCACCUGGGCAGCGCAUGGCUUAUCAGUCUCUAUGCAGGGCAAGAUGCAGAUGAUGCCUCUAUAGCUUUCCAUAUCAAUAAAACACUGGUGAGAAAGUCCAUGAACUUGCUGCUGAUUGGGGAGCUGGCACUUGGUCAACCCAGCUUUGAGCCCUGCAAAAAUAAACUGCUGGUAGAGGAUUUCCGUGAGCUACGCGCCACCAUCGAGAGGAUGGAACUUCUGAACCCCAACAGCCUCUUCUUCUUCCUGAUUUUCCUGCAAAUUCUGCUGCUAGAGGCUACCAGGUGGAUCACUCUCUGGUACUUUGGGACUUCCCUACUACCUUUCCUCAUCUCUGCGGUGCUGCUGACAACCUCCCUGUCUCAAGCUGGGUAUCUGCAACAUGAUUUGGGACACCUCUCGGUAUUCAGCAAGUUCAAAUGGAACCAUGUAGUUCAAAAAUUUGUGAUAGGCCAACUGUUGUUAACCGAGCGCUAUGCUCUGUCGGAUCGCCCGCUCGGGAUGAAGAAGAAGUUCAUGCCUUACAACCACCAGCACAAGUACUUCUUUGUCACACUGCCCCCAUUCCUGUUUCCUGUCUACUUCCAGUACUUUCCAUUGUACAAGACAAUCCAGAGAAAAGACUGGGUGGACCUGGCCUGGAUGCAGAGUUUCUACAUUCAAUUCUUUGAUAAAAUACGCUCUGUUCAUGACAAAAAUAGCUUGGUUUUAAGGUCCUCUACAGGCCCUAAAUCUGUUUGGAUUAUGCAAAAACUCCAGCUGGUUCUUCAGGGUCACCGGCAGUGCAAAUCUGCUUCCUCCACCUUCAUAGAUGACCAAAUCCCUCCAUUCAGCAGUAUGUGA